AUGAUUAAACAACAGCAACCACAACAAAAUAAGGCACAAAGCACCCAGGUCCUUCAGACCAUUACAUACGCCAUAUAUGCAUAUAAUUCAAAGACGGCAGAACAAACGCAAAGGUUGAAAUAUGGAGAUUUGGAGAUAGUAUUGAAAAAUGAGCGUUUCGAAUUCGUUUGCAAAGGUGGUGCAGUGAUAUCAAAUAUAAAAGAAAUUUUAUUUAUGAAUUCAAAAAUUAAAGGAAUAACGGAUGAUAUAACAUCAAUUCCACCAGAAGAACAAAGAUAUUACGCAUUAAAUGCAUUUCCUAAAGUUUUGAAGAUUGGAAGAUUUAAUUUAAAUGAGGAAUUCAUAAAAGGUUUCCUAAAUGACAUAAUGAAGAAGGCAGAUAAGGAAUAUGUGGCUAGUGAGUUAGACCUUAAAGCAGAUAAGGAAUAUGUGGCUAGUGAGUUAAUGAAGAAGGCAGAUAAGGAAUAUGUGGCUAGUGAGUUAAUGAAGAAAGCAGAUAAGGAAUAUGUUAAUGAAAAAGAUAAUGAAAUUAAAGAAAGGGUUGAAUGGUAUCAUGAAUGGGCAUCAAAGAUUUUAAAAACUAAAGCUGAUACAGGGUGGGUUUCAGGAUGUUUAGACCUUAAAGCAGAUAAGGAAUAUGUCAACAGUGAGUUAGAGAAGAAGGCAGAUAAUGAAUAUGUUAAUGGAAUAUACCAAAGUUUGAUAGGAACAACUAAAAAUAUUGAAACUAUUGUUGGUGACUUUUCUGUCAAUGAAGAAAAUAAAUAUUUUAGAUGGCAGUUUGUACAGUCCUUAAGAAAUGGUAUGCGGUGUAAACUCAUUCCGAAAAAUAACAAUGAAAUGUAUGUAAGCUAUAUAAAGAAUGAUGGUACACAAGUUAAAGUUCCAUUAGACAACAACUGUUACUUAAACUUAUAUGGAGACGAACAAAAGAAAUAUUUAAGU